AUGUCGCCCACCAGCUCCCCGCAGCCGUCCAUCAACGGAGAGAGCGAGGAUGCACCGGACUCUGACCUCACGCGCACGGAAUCCAUGCGCUCCGCCGCGGAUCGCUUCAGCCCGAUCCAUGAGCUGGUCUUCGUGCUGGUCGUGUGUAUGGCGCAGUUCAUGACGCAGGCCGCGCUGGGCGCCUGUCUGGCCCCGCUGGCCAUCAUCGGCGACGGGCUCAACAUUUCCCAGCCGGGGAUCCUCAGCUGGCUGAUCGCGGGCUACUCCCUCACCGUCGGCACCUUCAUCCUGUUCUUUGGUCGACUUGGUGACCUCUUCGGCUACCGACUCAUGUUCAUCAUCGGGUUUCUCUGGUUCGCGCUCUGGUCGAUGGUCGCCGGGGUCAGCGUCUACUCCAACUACAUCCUCUUCAUCUUCGCGCGAACCCUGCAAGGGCUGGGGCCCGCCAUGCUGCUCCCCAACGGGCUGGCCAUUCUCGGGGCGACCUACCGCCCCGGCCGGAAGAAGCACAUGGUCUUCUCGCUCUUCGGCGCGAUGGCGCCCAACGGCAGUGUGAUUGCCGCCAUCAUCGCCGCGGUCUUCGCGCAGCUCGCCUGGUGGCCCUGGAUCUGGUGGUCGAUGGCGCUCUGGUGCUUCCUCCUCGCCAUUCUGGGCAUCUACGCCAUCCCGCCCACCCCCACCCCCGCGCGCAUCCGCACCCUCUCCGCGCGCGAGCUCUGCUCCGAGAUGGACCUCCUGGGCGCUACCCUCGGCAUCACGGGCCUCGUGCUGGUGAACAUCGCCUGGAACCAAGCCCCAGUGGUCGGCUGGUCGCAACCCUACGUCUACAGCCUGCUCCUCGUCGGCCUGCUCAUCCUCGCGGGCUUCCUCACCUGGGAAACUCGCUUCGCCCGUCACCCGCUCAUUCCCUUCCAUGCCCUCACCCCCGACGUCUCCUUCAUCCUCGCCUGCGUGGCCUGCGGGUGGGCCAGCUUUGGCAUCUGGAUUUACUAUUUCUGGCGCUUUCUGGAGGACAUUCGGGGGAUCUCCCCGAUCGUGGCCUCCGUGCAGUUCCUCCCCCCCGCGAUCACCGGGAUUAUCGCCGCCUUCUCCACGGGCCAUCUGCUGAGCAAACUCCACCCCGGCUGGAUUAUGGUUAUCGCCAUGGCGGCGUUCACGCUGGGCAAUGUCCUCUCGGCAAUCACCCCGGUGCACCAGACCUACUGGGCGCUGUCCUUUGUGACGCUGCUGAUCAUCCCCUUCGGGAUGGAUAUGUCCUUCCCCGCGGCGACGGUGGUCUUGAGUGAUGCAGUCGGCAAAGAGCACCAGGGGGUGGCGGCCUCCUUGGUGUGCACGAUUGUGAACUACAGUAUCUCGUUGGGACUGGGGUUUGCGGGCACGGUCGAGGUGCAUGUGAACCACGGGGCGGAGACCUUCCAUGAUACGUUGGUCGGGUACCGGGGGGCGUUUUACAUGGGGAUUGGGUUGGGGGGAUUGGGCUUGGUGACGAGUUUGGUUUAUGUGGUACAUGCGGUGGGGAGGGGGAAGCAGCGGGAGAGAAGGGAGGUGAAGGAGGGGACAGGGGAUGCGUAG